GUCAAUUCAGUUCCUUCAUCAUCAGCAACACACCCCUUUUGAACUGUCCCUUGGAUUAUAUUUAUGUCGGAAACGUAGAAAGACCCAUGGAAGCUCUCCCAUUGUUUUCGAAAGCAGUUGAUUCAGUUAUGAUGUCGGAUCUGUAAGCUAGUUUGUUGAAGGCAAAGAUCCGCCUGAGAAUAUGCCAGCUCUUGGGACAGCCGGGUUUGGCAUCAGGACUUUUUAUGCCGCAACUCACCCCAAUGACAAAUGCGGAGCCAAUGGACUACCGUUGACACCAAACUCUGUGAAGAUCUUGGGUCGUUUCCAGUUCCUGAAGACGCUGUCUCACCCAAGGCUUUGUCAGUAUUUGGACAUCAGCAAGACAAAACAUGAAUGCAUGCUGGUUGUGUCAGAGCACCACAGCUCCUCGCUCAAGGAGUUGAUAAAGAAAGAGGGAAGUAUCGGGGAGUCUGAGAUUGUGCGUGUGGGCUACCAGCUGCUGGAAGGAUUGUGCUAUCUCCAUAACAACGGCGUUGUUCACCGGAACCUUAGUGUGGAACAUGUUCUGCUGGAUGUCGAGAAAAAUGUAAAGCUGUCAGAGCAUGGGCUCUAUUACAUGACUGAUUACGGAGCCGAUGUCUCUUUUCCAAUUGGACUACCUCGCUACAUGGCCCCAGAGGUGCUGUGUUCUGGUCCCGUCAGGGUGGAUGAAGAAACUGGACACUGCGUCCAGCCGCUUUCUGGGCCCAAGUCUGAUGUCUGGGCGUUUGGUCUCAUCCUUCUCCAGCUGGUUCUUGGGAAGGAAAUUUGGGCAAGGUUAGGGAUCAAGGAAACUCUACACAAGAUUGUGGAAAUGAUCAAAUCUGAUAUGUCCCCCAUAGACAUUUUCCAACAAGAUGCCACAGUUGCCAGCAAACUACAGGGAACUUCCAGGGAGUUGAGAGAUGUGCUUAGACUGUGCCUGACUGUGUCCGCUGCUAAGAGGGCAAAGUCAUCAGAGCUUAAACAGCAUCCACUGUUCCGCGAUGAGAGGAUGAAGGCUGUUCCACACAAAGAGGAAGUGAGAAUGUGCACCACUGAAUUACGCUGCAAGGAUCUGGAACUCCCUACCUAUGAGGAGACAAUUGAGAAUGAAUUCAGCGAUGAUCACCUGUCUCGCCGCUCAAUGUCUGAAGUUUUCUACUUGUGGCGACUCGCUGGUGGGGACUUGGAGGCUGUUCUACGCAAGGCUGGGCUGGCCAAGACUCGACGGCCGGUUCACCUUCUACCAUGCUAUGGCAUCGUGGACGGAGAAGUUUUCGGCCAGGACCGCGAUUUUGCCGAGCUUCUGGACUUUACGGUGGUCCCCCUGUCCCAGGAACAGCUUCGCUACCGUCUGAGAGACGUCCCAGCAACUGCGUACUACCCUCUGUUGGAAGAAGAGUCAAAGGUCGUGGAGACCCAGAGCCUGCCCACGUCGCCCAGCAGCGGAGAACUGACCAGCUCAGCCAGCUUACCUCUGGUCAUCAGGGAGAAGGACGUGGAGUACCAGUUCCACCGGAUCAUCCUGUAUGAGAGGCUUCUGGCAGCGUACCCGUUCAAACGGCCGUGCAUCUGGCGGGAAGCCAGGGUGGACAUCCCUCCUCUGGUCAGGGCCAACGUGUGGGCCGCUAUUCUGGAGGUGGAGGGAGACGUCGAGGGAAUGUACGACUCCAUUGACAAGGAGACUCCGACAACCACAGACCGCCAGAUUGAAGUGGACAUCCCGCGUUGCCAUCAGUACCACGAGCUACUCUCCUCCCCUUCGGCCCACGCAAAGUUCAAGCGAGUGCUCAAGGCCUGGGUUCUCAGCAACCAGCAGUACGUCUACUGGCAGGGCCUGGACUCGCUCUGUGCACCGUUCCUCGCCCUCUCCUUCAACAACGAGGCUCUCGCCUUCGCCUGUCUCUCCGCCUUCAUCCCCAAAUAUCUGCAUAAGUUUUUCCUCCGAGAUAACUCUGCUGUCAUUCAGGAGUAUCUUGCAGUUUUCUCCCACCUGAUUGCUUUCCAUGACCCAGAACUGAGCAAUCACUUGGAUGGUAUUGGUUUCAUUCCUGAUCUGUAUGCUAUUCCAUGGUUCCUGACGAUGUAUGCACACGUGUUCCCGCUGCACAAGAUCGUCCACCUGUGGGACACGCUACUGCUGGGCAACUCCUCCUUCCCCCUGUGUAUCGGCGUGUCCAUCCUGCAGCAGCUGAGAGACCGCCUGCUCUCGUUUGGGUUCAACGAGUGCAUUCUGCUGUUCUCUGACAUGCCUGAGAUUGACAUAGAGCGCUGUGUGCAAGACUCGAUCAAGAUUUUCUGCAGUACCCCAAAAAGCGCCACCUACAGACAGCACGCUCGACCAAACAAGAAGAAAACCUCGGAGGAUCGUCCCAACUUGUCGUACUACAGCCGCGACUACCAUGACCAGCCGCAGUCGGAGCUGUCGAUGGAACCCAUCCCGAUCGAUGAGCUAAAGGGAGAGAAAUGCUGCAGGAUUUCGGCAGAGGAUCUAAUCGAGCUUGGCGAGCUGGCAGGGGCAGCUUACUCUCGCAGUCCCACAAAGAAACGUCAGACAAGCAAGCCUAUGAUCCUCAUCGUGGAUGUGAGAAGCCCGGAAGAUUUCCGCCGUGGGACUUUGCAGGACAGUAUUAACAUCCCUUUCCAAACAGCUUUCUCCCCUGAGGGUGAUUUGAACCCUUGCUCUGCGGUGCAGACCUUGAAUUCUCGCAGGAACCAAGUUAUCAUUGUUGUAGGCAACAGGGGACGCAAUGCUGCCAAUUUUGCCAAUGAGCUGGUGCGUCUGGGCUACUCUCGCGUCUGCGUCCUACACAAGGGCCUCGACGUGUUCCGCACCACAGGACUUAUCACCGUGCCUCCGGCCGACAUCUGAAGAGCUUCACACAUCAUUCUCUCGGCCUUUUUUCACGGGUUCAUGGUCUUUCCAGCACCACCAUCUUUUGGGACGUGCCAUGGUUUAUUUUAUGUUGCAUAUUUUUACUCCUUUUUUUUGUUACAUUGAAUUUUUUUUACACUCGUCUUAAUUAAACAUGUUAAAGACGUCAUUGCUGUGUGAAAAUAUGCCCUGCUUAAAAUCUGCUAUGACUAAAAUUUCAUUGGUUUGAUCAAUUACAUCUUAUCCAGUUGUGGUGCGUGAAAUCAAACGCAGUUAAGUUUUUCCGUCUUUGACUUGUACUAAGUUGUACCUUGUACUUAUCAUGUCUUUACAGCAGAGGGUGCUUACUUUUCAAAGAGGCCUGCUAAUUAAAAUUAAAUAACAGACCUGUUUAUUUGUCUCCAAGUUUCCAAUUUUACAUAAUUAAUUGAAGUCACAGUACUUGCUUGAGAUGGUAGAAGAAUCACUGAUGCCGAGAAUGAAAGGUACUGAUUUCAACCACUACGUUUUUCUUUAUAAAUUUUGUUAUUCAGGAAGUUUGACUUAAAGAGUACAGUAUCAUAGUUCACUUUAAUUAAUAAGCAAGAUGAGAUUAUGUUAUGUAGGCUACUGUAUGAGAAAGCGAGUUGUUUAUGGUUUUUGCUGUGUGAGAGGAGAUAUAUGUUACUUAUCUAGUGAAUUGUAUGAAUGAAGACGCGUGUUGCUUUAU